AUGACAUUGCAGCCAUUAAAAUGUAAUAAAAGAUAUGAGAGAAUUGGAAAAGAAGCUAAAUUUAGUCUGACGAAUGGAUUUAUGAAGGAAUAUUUGAGAAGAGCUUCAUCUGAUGCUGAUCCGAUUUUCUAUCAACAAAAUGAGUUUAACAAAGCUUUGCCACUUCCAUUCUUUUAUUAUAAGAAUCAUAAAAGUUGCUGCCCUAAACAAGCUUUAAAAUGCUUUGGUGAAUUUUCUCCAAUAAGUUGCCCACCGCGAGUUCCCCGAACUAAAGUUUCAACACGUGCAAGAUCACCUGGUGAUGUCAUUCAACCUCAUUUCAAAACUCUUCACAAAACUUACACUCUCAAAGUUGACAAGAAGUUCUUGAGAAAAGAAUAA